AUGUCGCGGUAUUCUGGUCCUUUGGGAUCAGUUGGUCAGCAAUACAUAAAGACAUGUCUUUGUGCAAGGGGCACCACAUUUACAGAAGGCAUCUGUGGCCUAGCCAAAAUGUACGUGGCUAAUGCCACCGAGGCGUGUGCCAGGGGGCUUAGGGGUAACCCUGGAAAGUUGCCUGCAGGGCUGUCAGUGGCAGCGCCCUCCCCGCUUCCAGCAUUCAGACGCUGCAAGAUCAAUAUCCCUCAGGGAACACGGUAUUUCAGAUAUGCUCCUCAGGCCAUGCUUGACACACACAGUGUUAGCGGGCAGCCCCCGAGGCAGCUCUGUGCUCGGGAGAUGUCACGAGCAUGUGGUCCAGCCCCUGCUAUGAGGCAAGAUGCCGACAUCCCAGUGGAAGGUGGACAUUUGGAUUUCUUUUUACAGAAUCUUUUCCAAGAUGGGGAAGGGAGGGCAGAAGGGCAGCGAAGCGGAGCGCUGCCUGGUAAUGUUACUCUAAAUAGCCUGCAAGCCGACUGGCCGGAGCAGAGUUAUUCCUCCCAGGUGCGUGCCUGUAUAAAAACCUCUGGAGGGUGCAUCCGCCCACAGGAAACCUCCAGCACCCUCUGCCACAGCAGCUUUUUUGCCAUGAUCUCUGCACAGCAGCCACCAUUCCCCAACAAAAUCCCAAGAGUAAUGGACUGCCAAACUGAGGAAGAAGAAACCUGUGAAGAACAGUAUGACUCUGAAAACUGCACUUGCAGCUCCAAGCAUGCAUCACCAACAGCAGAAUGCAACUCAGAUUCACCAGCAAUUCUUAAAAUACUACAGAACUGGGCUCCUCGAGUUUCGCACUGCUUUGAUAAAGAGCACUACACGUACGCUGGCCACCAGAUCGUCAUUCAGGAGUCCAUCGAACACUUUGGAGCCGUGGUAUGGCCGGGGGCACUGGCUUUAUCUCAGUAUCUGGAAUCAAAUCAAGAACAAUUCAACCUCAAAGACAAAAAAGUUUUGGAAAUUGGAGCUGGAACAGGCUUGGUUUCCAUUGUGGCUUGUAUCUUAGGAGCUUACGUUACAGCUACUGAUUUGCCUGAAGUUCUUGAAAACCUCUCAUAUAAUAUUUCAAGGAAUACACAAAACAUGAAUGUGCACAAGCCUGAAGUGAGAAAACUGGUAUGGGGAGAAGGCCUCAAUGAAGACUUUCCUCUGACAACUUACCAUUAUGAUUUCAUACUGGCCAGUGAUGUUGUAUACCAUCAUGCAGCUUUGGACUCCCUGCUAGCAACAAUGGUGUAUUUUUGUAAGCCAGGAACAGUACUACUAUGGGCAAACAAAUUCAGAUUCAGCACAGACUAUGAAUUUUUGGAAAAACUUUGUGAUGUAUUUAACACAACCAUUCUAGCAGAAUUCCCAGAAUCACAUGUCAAGCUGCUUAAAGCCACAGUAAGAGAGAAUUAAAGAGAAAACUAUUACUGAUUUUCAUUUCGUGGCAGCACCUUAGUUUGGAAUGUUUUGCAGCAUUACGGUGCACCUUCUGUGCAUGUCUGCUUGUAAAGUUGCACCUGCAGCCGAGUUUUGCAUUACAAGUUAUGAAAAAACUGGCAAGACAAAUGGUUUACCAAUUUGUCUCUGGUUGAUACACAUGACCCGUUCAAACAGACCAAUUCCACUCCACUGAAGGAACAACGUUAGUAGCAAUAGUCAGUAAAAAGGCUUUAAG